AUGGGAAUCAACACCACAGAGCACGGAAAAGUCCAGAACCACCUGCAGGACCAGAGGUCGGCGAACUCAUUGGCUGUGUGUCCGGUGUUGUCGGUGCAACCUACCCGGGCACUGGUGGAUGAGAAGUUUCAGAUAGUUGUGAGAAAUCUACACCCAAAACAAGAGGUGACGGUCCAUUCUUUACAUCACUCUGAGGAUAAAGACUACUGGGAGGCGUUUGGCCAUUAUAUCAGCGACGAAAAUGGAACCGUUACAGUCAUGGAAGAUGCAAGCCGUGGUGGGACCUACACUGGAACUGAACCCAUGGGCCUACUUUGGAGCCUGCGGCCCAUUCCCGGUAGCAGACACGGGCUCAGGUUGCGAAAGAGGAACGUUCUGUCUCCAAUGGUGGUGAACAUAUCCGUCUACAAAGGUCACAUGAACCAGGGGUUUUCUGAAGAGGCCGCAUUGGCGACGGUUGUCACAGAGAGAUGGUACCUGGCGCCAGGUGUGCAGCGUGUGGACAUUAGGGAACAAGGGGUCAAAGGCACACUCUUCAUACCACCAGGCCUGGGGCCCUUUGCUGCAGUCCUGGACAUAUGGGGAGGGGGAGGGGGGCUGGUGGAGUACCGGGCCGCCCUCCUGGCAUCACAUGGCUUUGUUGCUUUGGCGUUGGAAUACCUCACUCUGAAUAAAAAGCAGACGUUGGAUAUUGAGACCGGGUACUUUGAGAUGGCGUAUCAUAUCCUGCAGUCCCUGCCUCAGGUGUCUUCAGAUAGAGUGGCUGUGCUUGGCCUGUCCUUGGGGGCGUCAAUCACCCUCACACUCGCAGCAUACUCUAAAACCGCCAAGCCCCGGUGCUGUGUGUGUAUCAGUGGUAGUCAUGUUCACCCUGUCAACAAGAGCCUCUUUGAGAUCCUCCAGCAGAUGAACCAGUAAGUACAGUGGGAACUAGUUGGGGGGAAAAAGUGGCGGAUGACAUACCAAACGUGUUUUGUAUAAAAGUGUCUUUCUUUUUUUUGCUAAAGAAGUUA